AUGCCCGCAAAACGGAAACACGGAGACGAAAAUGACACAUCGAGUCGCUACCAUCCGAACGCGGACCAAGCCGCCUCGUUUGGUAUCGUCCUGCGCGAAUAUUAUCCCCCGGAAAUGAGCAACGCCCGCUGCGACGCUUACACCAAUGGAACGCUCGAAAAGCCCAUUGAAACGCUUGAACGCGCAAACACAGAGACAGCACAGCAGCGGAAAGAAAUUGCGCCUAAUGCCGCUGUCAUUCACUGGUUCAAAACCGACCUCCGCAUCCACGACAAUCGCGCCUUGCAGGCCGCUUACAAUCUCGCGCGCGAGGCCAAAAUCCCCUUGAUUACGCUGUACAUUCUCUCUCCCGAAGAUCUUAUAGCACAUCUGAUUAGUCCCGCACGGGUCGAUCUCAUUCUUCGUACUCUCGCCCAGUUGCAGCGCGAUCUAUCAGAGCUAGACAUUCCGCUCUACAUAGAAACGCAGACUAACCGCUCGUCCAUCCCCGCGCGCAUCGUCGACUUGUGUCAGGAGUGGGGAGCGAGCAAUCUCUUUGCAAACAUCGAGUAUGAGGUAGACGAGCUGCGCCGCGAGGCAUCGCUUAUCCGGCUGUGCGCAGAGAACGGAAUCGCCUUUGAGACGAAGCAUGAUACAUGCGUUGUUCCCCCGGGGAGCUUGGCGAGUCAGACCGGAAAGCAGUACGCUGUGUAUACACACUGGUUCCGCGCGUGGGUGACAUUCCUGGACCGCAAUCCGGAUGUCCUAGACGUUGGUAAAGAGAUAGGAUCAAAUCCCGGCGACACGAGGCGGUUGUUCCCCAGUCUAUUUGAUUGUCCUGUUCCAGAAGCACCAGAGGGGAAACAACUUGACGAGGAGACAGCAUCAAGGAUGAAAGAAUUGUACCCGGCCGGGGAACACGAAGGUCAGCGACGGCUUGAGGCUUUCCUUGAGGAGAAGGCGAAAGCAUAUGAUGAGGAGAGAAACUUUGUGGCUGGAGAAAGCACAUCAGUGCUUAGCCCAUAUUUCACGUCCGGGCUACUGAGCACACGCACCGCGGUCGCGCAGGCCCGGAAGGCAAAUGGGAGCCGGAUUGCCGGUGGAGAAGUAGGAUAUAUUUCAUGGAUUAGCGAGGUCGCAUGGAGGGACUUUUACAGACACGUUCUGGUUCACUGGCCAUUUAUCUGCAUGAACAAAUGCUUUAAGCCAACCUACACAAACCUCGACUGGUCUUACAACGAGGACCACUUCACCUCAUGGGCAACCGGCCGAACAGGAUACCCCAUCGUUGACGCCGCAAUGCGGCAAGUCAACCAUGACGGAUGGAUGCACAAUCGCGCGCGCAUGAUUGUAUCCUCUUUCCUCUCCAAAGACCUGCUCAUUGACUGGCGGCGCGGCGAGAGGUACUUCAUGGAACACCUUGUCGACGGGGACUUUGCGUCGAACCACGGCGGCUGGGGCUUCGGGUCAAGCACGGGAGUGGACCCCCAGCCGUACUUUAGAAUCUUCAAUCCGCUGAGGCAGAGUGAGCGGUUCGACCCAGACGGAGACUAUAUUCGAAGGUGGGUGAAAGAAUUGAGGGAUGUGGAGGGGAAUGCGGUACAUGCGCCGUAUGAGAGAGGCGCCGGGGCUGUGGCCGAGAGGAAUGGGUAUCCUCAGCCGAUUGUAAAGCAUAAUGAGGCGAGGGAUAGGGCGCUGAAGAGAUACAAGGAGGCUUCUGGUGGUGGAAAGUGA